AUGGACUACAAAAUUCAAAACGACGUCGAGAUGCACGCCGUCGCGAAGCGGCUCGCGAUGGAGUUUUCCAAGUCGCCGCACGCGGGUGUUGGCGUCGACUUUAUCUCGACGUGCUGGUACGAAGUCAAGGGCCGGCCGCUGUUCACGGCCGAGCCCUACAUUUCUGGCGAGUACCUCAAGUACAACAACAACGAUGGGUGGUCCGAAGACAUGGGCCGCGACGAAUCGAACGCGCAAGUGCUGACGGCCCAAGCGUUCAGCCACUUUACGUUUCAGCAAACGCUUGGGAAGCUCUUGAUUGUGGAUCUGCAAGGCGUCGGCUCGAUCUUUACAGACCCGCAAAUCCACGCCCUUGACACGACCAAGUACGGCCAAGGCAACUUGGGGAUGGUCGGCAUCCAAAAAUUUCUCGCCAACCACAAGUGCAACCGUAUCUGCAAUGCGCUUCGACUGACGCCAUACGACAAGAGCACGUUGCCGCCCGUCGACGAGACCCAGCGAACGCCGCACCCGGACCAAACCAUGACGUGCAGCUGCCCGCUCUGUGGGUCCAUCUUUACGCUGCUCCACUCGGGCUUUGUCGCGGAGCUCGCCAAGUACUCGGAGAUCAACUGCACCCCGUGCUCGCUCGAAGUCAAAAAGUCCUUGACGCCUGUCGCGUGCACCGUGUGCGGCACGACCAAAAGCUACUCGUUGUUUUGGUACAAGAUGAAGGGCAUGGAGCUGCCGAAGCUCUGCCGGCAAUGCAAAGCCAUCAAGAAAAGCACCAAGGCGCCAGCCGCGCCAAAGCGUCCGGCGUGGCACAAGAUCCCCGAUGGGUGGGCCCCCGCAACGACGAUCGGCCAAGUCCUGAAGCGGAUCGCGCCCACGUUUGCCGUCAAGGAUCACGCGUCCGGGCUCAAGGAGCUUAUGCGCCUCCACCCUGCGAUCGAGAUUCGAGACAGCGGCAACCCUGCCGUCUAUUUUGCCCGGCUCCGGACGCGGUCGUAA